AAAAGCAAGCAUGGUGGGGAAGGUUCCCCUUGGCCAAAUAGAAAUCUUAAUUCUCAAUCUCCCAAAUCGUCUUCUUCUUUCUUAAGUCCAUUCAUCCUUCACCUUCUUCUUCCUCCGUUCUCUCUGCUAAUCACCAUUUAUCGUCUAAUCCUUUCUGCUCCCACAAGCAAAAAUAACCAGGCCCCUCAUCAUCAUCAUCAUCAUCAUCUCUCUCUGUAACGUAACUGCCAGUCCCUUCAAGUUUCAGCAGCCCAUCUUUUAAUUCCCAUUCACUCAAUGUUUCUACAGUUACACCAAGGUUCAAUCAAUGAGGCAGAGGACUAUCUGCCUGGUGUUUCUUGGGCCAGUUUUGGGUGGUGAAGCCUGGAGAGUUUCGUCUUUCUUUCCUUCAUUUUCCCACCUGCCUAAAGACGAGGAUACACAACUUUAGGUUCGAUCAUUGAGUGAGUGAACAAAUGGCCGGCAAGUUCAUUUUCUUAGCAAUUUUCUUGCUGCAAGCUUUUUUCCUGCCGGUGAACGGUGAGCCAGUGGAAGAUAAACAAGCCUUGCUUGACUUCAUGCAGGAAGUUUCCUAUUCACGCCCUUUGAAGAGUCUCAACUGGAAUAAGAGCACCUCAGCCUGCAGGAACUGGACUGGAGUGACCUGCAACCAUGAUAAAUCGCGAGUUAUCGCUCUUCGGCUGCCUGGAUUCGGGUUCCAGGGGCUAUUACCAUCGAACACUCUUGGCCAGUUAUCGGCUCUUGAAAUCUUGAAUCUGGCAUCCAAUGGCGUGUCGGGUUCUUUUCCUUCUGAAUUUUCCAGGCUUGGAAAGUUAACUUCCCUCCAUCUUCAGUUCAAUGACUUCUCUGGACCAUUGCCUGUGGAUUUCUCGGUUUGGAACAAUCUCUCAAUCAUCAACUUAUCAAACAAUGGUUUUAAUGGAAGCAUCCCUUCUUCCAUUGCAAGUUUAACUCACCUCAAAGCACUGAAUCUUGCCAACAAUUCACUUUCCGGCGAAAUUCCAGACCUGGAUCUCCCUAACCUGCAACUGUUAGAUCUAUCCAACAAUAAUCUCACUGGAACUAUACCUCAAUCUCUUCAAAGGUUUCCAAGAGAGGCAUUUUUGGGUACCAAUCUUUUGACUGGAAAUUCGACAGCUCCACCUCUUCCACGCAAUGAACAACCAGCAAAGAAAUCUUCAAACCUCAGUGAAGCUGCAAUACUAGGAAUCGCAAUUGGUGGCUGUGCUCUGGGAUUAGUGGUCCUAGCUGUUCUAGUGAUGGUUUGCUACUUGAAGAAAGAUGGCGAAGAUGGGAUCUCGGCCAAGUCUGAGAAGAGAACAGGGUCUGUGGAGAAAACAAUUUCCAGGGGCCAAGAUGGGAGUGGCAGGCUUGUAUUCUUUGAGGGCUGCAAUCUUGCAUUUGACUUGGAAGACCUGUUGAGGGCCUCCGCUGAGGUGCUCGGAAAGGGUACGAUUGGGACAACUUAUAAAGCGGCAUUAGAAGAUGCAACAACAGUGGUGGUGAAGCGGUUGAAGGAAGCAAGCAUGGCUAAGCGAGAUUUCGAGCAGCAUAUGGAAGUUGUUGGAAGUAUCAGGCAUGACAAUGUGGCUGCAUUAAGAGCAUACUACUAUAACAAGGAUGAAAAGCUCAUUGUGUACGACUAUUACAGUCAGGGGAGCGUUUCUGCCAUGCUACACGCUAAACGAGGUGAAUGCCGGAUUCCUAUAGACUGGGAAACCCGGCUGAGAAUCGCAAUUGGUGCAGCAAGAGGCAUGGCUCACAUCCACACACAAAAUGGGGGGAGGCUCAUCCAUGGAAACAUCAAAGCCUCAAACAUCUUCCUCAACUCCCAAGGCUACGGUUGCUUGUCUGAACUCGGCUUGGCAACCUUGAUGAGCCCGACAACCUCUCCGGUCACGAGGAAUGUAGGGUACAGGGCUCCCGAAGUAACAGAUACCAGAAAAGCAUCCCAGGCAUCCGAUGUCUACAGCUUUGGAGUUUUGCUGCUGGAGCUUCUGACCGGAAAGUCUCCAAUCUACUCCACAAGGGGGGAUGAAGUUGUACACUUGGUUAGAUGGGUUCAUUCCGUAGUUAGAGAGGAGUGGACUGCUGAAGUAUUUGAUAUAGAGCUUUUGAGGUAUCCCAACAUAGAGGAAGAAAUGGUGGAAAUGCUGCAAAUAGGGCUGGCUUGUGCAGCCAGGAUGCCGGAGGAGAGGCCUAAAACGCCUGAUGUUCUGAGAAGAAUUGAGGACAUUCGGCGGAUAGGCGCCGGCAAUCGGCUGUCGCCGGAAAACAGAUCGGAAGACUCGACGCCGGCACGGACACCGGUGGUGGCUGAAGAAGGAUCCCCUCCAGUUCCAGUUCCAUAGUCACAGAUUCUCAUCGGAUUGUUAGUUGUCAUUAGAUGAUUAUUUUUUUGGGGGGGUCAACCAUUGGGACAUGAUUUCAAUUGUUUUGGUCAUGCUGUUGCUAUUUGCCUCGUUUGUAUUUGAUUGACUACUAUUGGGACCGCAGAUUAGUUUAACUACACAUGAAAAGUGAGGUUUUUGGUGUCAAUUUGUUAACAGUGUUGUUUCUGUUUCAAUAGCCAUAUUCAAAGUUAGGUAUUGGUAUUAACCUUUUCAGGAUAGAGUCAACAAUAUAUAUUCGUUUAGUAUCUGCUUUUGCAAUGGUCAUCCCCACAGAAGUGUAACCAACCAUGAUUAAGUUAGGGAAGGAAACCCCGAGUUGGCUGCU